ACAGUUGUACAAGAUGGACUACUGGACAGCACUGCUACUUUUAACUGUCUGCUGGGCAGGUGUGGAUGGUCAGACUCUGACAGAAUCUGAACCUGCAGUUAAAAGACCAGAAGAAUCCCACAGACUGACCUGUACAACAUCUGGAUUUAACUUUGGAGACUACUGGAUGCACUGGAUUAGACAGACCCCUGGCAAAGGGCUGGAGUGGAUUGCUGGCAUUUCUUAUUGGGCUGGUAGCACUAUUAACUACUCUCAGUCAGUCAGAGGCCGGUUCACCAUCUCCAGGGACAACAACAAACGGCAGCUGUAUCUGCAGAUGAACAGUCUGAAGACUGAAGAUUCUGCUGUUUAUUAUUGUGCUAGAGACGCACAUGUCAUGGGUUUGAGGAGGUGCAAAUGCAAAUAUUCUUUCUUCCACCUCUACUUAAUCCGAAUGCUGAAACCAUCCAGAGAUAGUGGACCAAAGCACACACAGUUAAACAAGAUGGACUGUAGGACAGUGCUGCUGCUUUUGACUGUUUGCCGUGCAGAGGUGUUUGAGCAGAAUCCAAGUGUUAAAAUACAGGGUAUUCACACUACUGAUGGCACCAAUAUGACCCACUGCUUUGCCAAAGAGUUUGCACCAAAGAAACAUGACUUCAAGUGGCUGAUAAACGGAAAAGACGUCACCAGGGAAAUAGAUCUGCCAUUUAAAGUUACGACUUCCGUUUUUGAAUCAAGAAAGGAUGGAAAGAAAGUGUACAAUGCAGAAAGUUUUCUCUCAGUAUAUUCAAAUGAUGUGAAUGAAGACACUGAAUUUAAUUGUGUGCUGACGGGAGUAGUGGUGUUUGAGCAGAAUCCAACUCUUAAAGUGAUUUCCUCUCCUGAUGAGGACGGUACCUAUACUGCCUCCUGCUUUGCCAAAGAGUUUGCACCAAAGACACAUGACAUCAAAUGGCUGAAAAAUCGAGCAGAGAUCACCAGCAAAAUAGAUCUGAUCACUACAGUUUCUGAAUCAAGAAAGGCAGAUGGAAAGAAAGUGUACAACGCAGCAAGUUUUCUGACAGUAAAUUCCAGUGAAGUGAAUGAAGAUACUGAAUUCACUUGUGUGUUUACGGGAGGUCAAAGUGGAUCUUUGAAUAAAACUGACAGAGACAACACACUAGCAGAUGUUUCCACAACUGCCGAUCUGACUAACAAGCCAACAGUGACAGUCCACAUCCCCCCCCCCCAGCUGCACACUGACCAGUUAAAUCCUCAGGAUGAAAUCACACUGGUGUGUCUGGUCACCAGUGCUGUGAAAAAGAUGUAUAAACUCGAAUGGACAGAAACUUCUGCAACUACACAUGGACGUUAUGUUACAGGCACCAACGUCCGUGCACAGCAGAGCAAAAAUGACAAGAAAUGGCGAAGCAUGAGUCUUUACACCACCACCAAUGAAAACUGGUACAAAAAAGGUCCAAACAAAAUAUUCACCUGCCAUGUCCGAUCUGAAAAUAUUCAAAAAUCAGUGUCCAGUUUCUAUGGUGAUUUGAAUGUAUGUGAAUGUGACUACUAAGCUUUAAGUGUGAUAUUUUGUGCUUGUGUCAUUCUUUGUGUGUGAGAGGUUUUUGUAUGAAAAACCUGUGCACUUGUGAUGUCAGUCACUGUGAGACAAAAUCUGUGCUUUUUGUUGUCAUCAUCUUGUUGUUCAGCCUGUGUGAGCCAAGUUUCCAGUUGCUUGACAUGUGUGCUCUCCGUUUUACUCUUUGGUAUAUGUGUAGAUAAAUGAAAUGAGAGUAAAAGCAGACAUACAUUUUUCACUUUUUCAUUAAGACUAUUAAACAAAGAGGAAAAAUGUAUUACUGGGAUGACUAGAAAAGUUUGGUUUACAAAACCUUAACUGGCAAACGGUAUGGGGACUGUACUUAAUUUUAGAUCAUGUUGAUAGCUAAUUGCACUACUGAGGACUCGAAAUAAAAUGAGUUGAAAAGUUA